AUCCCGAUAACCCGAUUGCCAAUCAGUUACCGUCGCUGUCUGUGCAUUGUGCUCGAAUAAAGUGCAAUUCAGGGUGGUUUCCGCGUUAUGAUCAGGUAGUUGGGCAAGAUGAAUCCCGCGAACAAAAAAAUAAAACUAGAUCCAGAUACAGUGAAAAUAGAAUCACAACAAAAUCAAGAGCCGGAUGAGGAAGAUGACAUAUUUGAAGAGAUGUUAGAUGAACCAUGCGAUGAAAAUAUAGAAGUAGAGGCAGCCUGUUACCCAUUAAAAUACGACAUAGAACAGGAACCCGUAGAUGCAACAGAAUAUAUGGUAGAAAUAAAUGCAGACCUACAAGAAAUGAUACAUGAUAGCACACCUCAACAAACUGAAGACGAAACAAAAAAUGAAGAUUCAACUGAAAAAUCAGAUAAAAAUGCCAUAAGAGAUUUCAUAUGCACUACAUGUAAUUUUAACACCUCAGAUCCGCUUGGCUUCACGAAUCAUUGGUUGAGUCAUGAGACCCUGGCAUAUACAAAUGAAAACGGUGUAUAUGUUUGCCAAAUUUCAGACUGUUUCCAUGUAGCAGGGAAUAUAAAAAACAUCCUGGUACACAUUGCAUCGCAACAUUUGUUCAGAUAUCGUUGCGCCUUCUGCUACUAUGUGACGUACUCAAAUGAGGAUUUUGAUGAACACAGCAAAAAGCACUACACAUACCAAUGCGUCAAAUGUGAUUUGCAAUCAUCAAAACAUUUUUUUGUGCAAAACCAUCUUGCCACUCCCUUGGAAUGCGGGUUAUGUGAUUUUAAAGCAGAUCAUUGGAUCCUGUACCAAAAGCACAUCAAUAUGCAUCGCUACCCAUCAGAUUCUAUUAUCGAUUGCGGAUAUUGUGGCUUUACAACUGGGGAUGAAAAUCUUCUCGAAAAACACCUAAUCGUCCAUUUUGAAAGGAGCAUAUCGUGUAAGAUGUGUCACUUCAAUGGAAUAAAUAUAGAAGACCUUGACAACCACUACAAAAAUUCUCAUCAUACCACACUUCAAGCAGUGAGAAAAAUGCACAAGUGCAAGUUUUGCACGUGCAAAUUCAUAAAUCUAGGGACUAAAGAGAUGCACGAAAAACUUCAUUCUAAGCAGAAGACUACCUUCAAGUGCUGUACAAAUUCCACAACGAUACAAUGUCCUUACUGCAACCACCAAGAUAAGAUUAUGGAUGAUCAUAUUCUAUUAAAACAUUCAGCCGAAUUAGAACUCGAGGGUUUACGAUUCGAAAAUAAUGAUGACGAAACGGUAGUAAAAGUAUUAAACUUGGAUUUUUUCAAAACUGAAGAUGAAUCAGAAGUAGAACAAGAAAACGAUACCGCAGAGCAAGAAGAUGUAAUAACGAUAUCUGACGACGAUUCAGAUGAUAAAGGGAUUGAAGAUCCAGUUGAAAUCUAUGCUGACAAAGCUUGUCACGGAUGCCCAAAAUGUGCUCGUAUUUUUAAGGGCAUGCAUGCAUUCGACAGACAUUUGAAGACGGUACACAACAUGACUUACGCAGAUGUAACAAAAAAAUUUAAAGUUAAGUUAUUAUGUGAAUUCUGUGGAUUCAGAACAUUUGAUGUAUUAUCCUUAAAAACACAUUUUACUAGUCAGCAUCUCGAAGUAAAUAAAACUGAACCGAAAACGGAACUAAAACUUAUAUCUGAUGAUCAACGUCAGGUAUGCCCCUUUUGUUAUUAUGUAACAUUCACGGAAGAUGAAUUUGAAGCACAUUGUCAAACACAUACCAUAUUUAAAUGUACCGAAUGUAACUUUGAAUCUACCAAGCGCCUUUUUGUGGAAGACCACAUGGACAAUCCUUGGGCUUGUUUAAAAUGCGAGUUCAAAGCAAAUCAUUGGCUCUUACUCAAAAACCACAAGUUGAAGUUUCACAACAAGGCCAGGUUUCGAAGAUGCAGAGAAUGCUAUUUUGAAACGAGAAAACCGGAACUUUUGAAAAUCCAUCGAUUAACCCAUUCAUGGGCUUUUCUACGCUGCAAGAUGUGCACGUAUAAGACGGGUAGCGAAAAUGCCCUGAAAACGCACUAUAAAAGAAGUCACAAUUGUACCGAACCCGGAAGUACGAUGUACGAGAGACCAUACCAGUGUGAUUUUUGCGACUGCACUUUCAGAAGAGAAACGUUUCUGGAUAGACACAGAGCAUUACACGGGGCGAACGGCCCGUUUAAUGAUAAAUGCAGUCAAUGCCAUACUUCCAAUAGAGCAAUGUCGAAAGACGAUUCCGGCAAAGACACGAACAGUGAAGCUGAUAUCGAGCCUGAUAGUUGGGCAAAGUGCCCUUACUGUGGAUAUAAGGACGACGCUCGAUACAGAAUGAUCGACCAUUUAAGCCAGACCCAUGAGAUCGAGUUAGAGAUCGAAGGCUUCCGAUGUGGAGAAACGCCAAACAAAUUAUAUGAAGAAACCGCGAAUACCGAAAAACCUGGUAAAAACACCACGAUGGAAUCAACAAACACAGUCAGAGACACUCUAGCAUGUACAUCAACUCAAAAGCAGAAGAAUAAAAACUAUGAAAAGUCUGGAAUAAACACUGAGGUUGAUGAAACGACUAAAGAGCCUCUACAAUGUACAUUAGCUCAAAGGGAAAUGCAAAACACAGACUUUGAAAAACCUGGAAGAAGCACUAAAGUCGAUGAAUCAAAUAGGAACGCGCCUGUUAUAGAUGAUGAUGAGGUUAUGAUUAAGAAAAAGAUAAUAAAAACUGAGAAUAUUGCUUUGGAAGAAGAUGUUACUCAUGCUGAAGUUAGAGCAAUUGAAGGAUCUGAAGACACAGACAGCAUAAAUCGACCUAAUGAAGAAUCUGAUGACAUUGCUCGAGCAAAUAUGUUACAAGAAGGUGCAAAUAACAUACAACAACCUAUUGAAGAAUUUGAGGAUGAUGUUCACGUAAAAGUUUUGCAAGAAAGUGAGCAUAUAGGUUAUGCAGAUCCUUUCAAAGAAGAAGAAGAAACAGCUGAUAACAUACUCCAGCCUAUUGAAGAAGUCAAAGUUAAGGAAGAAAUGAUAGAAUCUGAGGAAAUUUCCCGUGCAGGUGUCUUGGAAGAAGAAGACGUGGAUAGCAUUGAGGAAGUUGAAAUAAAGAUAGAAGCUACAGAUUUCCUAGAGAUAGAAACUGCGGACGAUGCUACUACGGUGGAUGCAGCUUGUUCAAGUAGUCGGAAUUUACCCCAAACUGAACAAAAAACAAGACAAGAAGAAAAAGGCCCAAUCUAUUACGAACAUGACCAGAGAUGGUAUUGUCCACUGUGUCCCUAUAGUGGGACGAGCAAUUAUUACGCUUUGCAGCACUAUGAAGAAAAACAUAAAGGACUUCAAAACCCUACCUUCAGGUGUAGGAUCUGCCGUUACGAUACAAGAUCUUGGCGGGCUUUCAGUGAUCACAUAAAUAUGAUGCAUCGUACGAAAGCUGGUUCAGAAGGAAUUCCUUGCAAGCAACCGGAUUGCAACUACAAAGCGCCAUCUGUUGACGAAUUGAGCAGGCACAUGGCGCGCCACCUUCAAACUUCCAUAAAGGAGAUGAUGAAUUACAAAUGUGAGCGAUGCAAUUUUGCUACGGUCUCCGACACCGUUUUUAAAAAACAUAAUUGCAUUUCAACGACGUACUACGAAUGUUAUGACUGCGGAUUUAAAUGCGAAACGAAAAUGAGAAUGUAUCAUCACAUCGUUAAGAGGCAUAGGUAUACGUACUCAAAAAUAAGAGGGUUCCAGUGCCGGAAAUGUGGGCGUGCCUCUAAAGACACAACUUGGAUGGACCGCCAUCUGGCGAUAUGUACGAAAAUGUGGUAAUUUACAGCUUAUUGUAUACAAUUGGAAUAAAUGCAUAAAAAUCUCAA